UUAUGUUUUGUUUCAGGAAUUAUUUGAGAGAAUGUUUGGUAUUUUAGAAUUCAUGAGCUCCCCAUUAGCAUAUUGUGGGUCUCUUGACUCACAACUGAGAAAUGCAGCAGGGUCCGAGCAGGAGAAUGAACGUUAGUGUUAGCCCAGGGGCCACUGAGGAAGCCACCAGACAAUUAUGACUCCUGCUGGAACUCUCCCUAAGGAGCCCUAUCCUGAAAUAUACCCUGUCCUUCUGAGAACUCCACCCUGCAAAUCUAGUAAAAUGAUUAAGUCACUAAGUUUGGGCGGCUUGUCACACGGCAGUGAAUAACUGAACUGCCCCUGCUCACAGAAGAUUGUGGCACCUCCAUCCCCUUCAAGACUUUGUCAGCUGACUUAGGGACCCACAGUUUCCCAGUGUCCACUUCCUCACUAUUGAUGACCCAUGAUCUUGACCACUUUGAAAUACCAUCUCAGGUAACAAAUGUCUGGAUUCCUUAGCUAGGUGAGGGACAAGGAGCCUUUGUCACAGAUUAUUUGUGACUGCCUCUGGGCACUGUCAGCAUGCAGGACAUUGAGCAGAGGGGCAGGUCACAAAGUCACCAUGUCAACCUUCCUGCCCAUCAUAACCCUAGAGUGUUGGGGGAAGGGCUAUGCAGGUAGCAAGAGGCAGGAACCCGCAGAGCAGCUGUGUCCCCAGUCCCUAGGCUCUGAGGUCACCGAGUGAACAGUAGAAGUGAGCACUGGAAAGAAGACACAAGGGCUAUUGUCCCUAAGUGCAGGCAGUGGCAGCAGAAACAGAGAAGGAAGUCAGAGGUGGCCUGUGGUUUGCCUAUCUGGGACCUUCCUAAGACCACCACGAAGAUGCUGGGCUGCUGCCCCCGAGGAUCUCACUCUGUGUUCCUGUUCCUGGGGCUGCUGCCCCCAUCACUGCUCAGCACAGGGAACUUCCUGUCCCAGUACUCUGAGUGGGAAAGCUACCCUGGCCUGGCCUUGGCCUCCAGAAAUUUCCACCACCAUGAAGCCCAGAACCCAAGGCAUAUGUGGCACCGAAGGAGUUCGAAGCAGAAACCAUGCCAGGCCACCCCUGACAUCUACUUCGUCCUGGAUAAGUCAGACCGCAUGUCAGACGCCUGGCCGUACGUCUACAAGUUUGUGGCGGAUAUGGUGCAGAGGUUAUCGAAUCAGGAUCUGCGAGUGUCCAUCAUCACCUUCUCCUGUAAGGGCAACAUCAUCCUGCCCAUCACUGGAGACAGAGAAGAAAUUCUUAAGGGCAUUGAAAGACUGAAGUAUAGCAUACCUGCGGGACAUGAGCACAUUUACCUAGGAUUGUGGAAGGCAAACAAGCAGAUAAGAAAGAUCAACUCAGGAGAUGUCCAGCGUCCCAGCAUGAUCAUCUCCUUACUCAACAGCCCUCUGGAUGAUGAAAUCUAUAAGUAUUCGAUGGAAGAGGCUGAUGAUGCUCGGAAAAUGGGAGCGUCUGUUUACUGUGUGGGUGUGGGCCACUCUGACAAAAAACAGAUACUAGGACUUGCAAAGGAACCAGGAAAUGCAUAUACAGAAAAGAAAGCUGAACACCUGAAUGACCUCAUUUUCCCAAUAGCUUCCAAGGCCUGUCCAUCCCUUAAAUCUUCAGAUACACACAUUAUAUGUAUCAGAGAAUCAAACCCAGUCAUACUUCGUGGAUAUGGCUUUGACUUUGCCAUGCGUAAAGAGGAGGUUAUUUGCAGGUUCCAUUUCUACGACAUGGACAAUAGUUUCAAAGAUGUAAAAGCCAUCAAUUUAACCAAGGCUACUGUUACUUGUCCUGGACCAAUCGUAGACCAACCAGGAAAAGUGAUCUAUAUUCUGCUCAGCCUGGACAAUGGAAGAAACUUCCUGAAUAAAAAUGUAUUCGUUGCCAGCAAGCUAUGUGGCAAAGACCCAUUUACAGUUACAACCACCACGACUACAACCACGAGGAGGCCCACAACUAAAACAACACGUACCACUACCACCAAGACGCCAUCUACAACAACGACACCCACGACCACAACUACACCUACCACGACCACAACAACUACACCUACCACGACCACAACAACUACAGCAACCACUUCACUGACGACCACUGAAAGUCCCACUACCAUCCCGCUGGUCACAGAGAAACCGAAGCCAAGCGUUGAUAUAUUCAUUUUUGCCCCAAUACUCCUGGGCCUGUUGCUGACUCUGUUGCUGAUUGGUUGUUUAUGGCAGCUGUGCUGCCUUCCGCCUGUCGAGGAACCACCCCCACCUAAGCCCCAACCAGAGCCCAGAAAGAAGCAGAAGUCCCCAGCACCAGUGUCUCCCACAGCACCAGCACCACCCGUAAAUCCGUCGCCCAUUGUGAUCAUCUGCUGCUGCACCUGUCGUGGCCUGAGUGUGAUCAGAGACACGGAGGGCAAUGUGACUGUGCGCAACUUCAACCCCCUAAGCUGUCACCAGUUGCCGUUGAUGUUGCCUCAUCCUGGUGACCAGGGGCGGUGUACCAGCUUUACCCUCCUGAAGGCCCUUUGUUCUCAGGACUCCUGCAGCCCCAGGAUCAGCCUGCCACCUAGCCAAGAGUAUCUGCCUCUAGCUUCCGGGUCCCAGUACCACGAGGUCCCAGUCAGCUGCUCCAGGCAUCUGUUCAGGUUGCCAUCGGUCACCCCUCCUUCCUGGGUUCCUAGAGCCUGGAUGUCAACCCCACCCAUGCACUAUACCUCUCAGGUUCCACAGAGCCAAGAUUGAGAGA